UCCGGGUCAUGCGGCUGGGGUUUUUGCUUCCGGGGGGAGGCGUCCGCCAUGGAGCCGCGGCUGUGAGGAGCCCCCGGCCCGGGGCCCCCGCCUGAGGCCUGAGGCCGGAGCCGGAGGACAUGGACAAACUGACCAUCAUCUCAGGAUGCCUCUUUCUGGCUGCAGACAUCUUCGCCAUCGCCAGCCUGGCCAACCCGGACUGGAUCAACACCGGAGAAUCCGCGGGUGCUCUCACAGUUGGCCUUGUGCAACAGUGUCAAACCAUUCAUGGACGUGACAGGACCUGUAUCCCUCCUCGGUUGCCUCCUGAGUGGGUCACCACCUUAUUUUUCAUCAUCAUGGGCAUCAUUUCACUGACUGUCACAUGUGGCUUGCUAGUGGCUUCCCACUGGCGAAGAGAAGCAACUAAAUAUGCACGCUGGAUAGCAUUCACUGGAAUGGUCCUAUUCUGCAUGGCAGCCCUAAUCUUCCCCAUAGGAUUUUACAUCAAUGAAGUGGGAGGCCAACCUUAUAAACUGCCGAACAACACAGUGGUUGGUUCAUCUUACGUACUGUUUGUUUUAUCCAUUUUCUUUACAAUAGUGGGACUUCUAUUUGCUGGCAAAGUAUGUUUACCGGGCUGACGAACAUCUAGCUGCUGCACCGUUCAGUCAUGAAGGAGAGUAGGACGCCCUACGCAUUCUCGGGAGGAUGCCAGUGUCGGGCUGUUGCCCACCUAACCGGAAGAAGGAGGUCUCUGUUUUCACUAUGCACUUUGGAUUUUUUUAAGAUUUUUAUUUUAUUUUUACAAUGGAGAGCCUUUCCCAUAACCAAAUACAGACAAUCUUGACUCAUCUCCUGAGCAUCUGGAUGCGGUCAAGUGUGCACUGUGAUAGGAACUCGCGUAGGAGGAGAAUUUAUUUUCUACAUAACCGAGCAGUGUUCUUGUGCCGUCGCCCCUCUCCACAUCGCUGUACUGUACCUUGAAAAGAAAAUGUGACAAUUUUGAAAAUCUCAAAAAGUAUUUAUGGACUUUGGUUGACCAGAGGUUUGCCAAGGGAGUUGGAAGUGGGGCUGGCCUCACUCUCUUUAGGAGAUUAGCCUCUUCUUUCUGUAGGAGGCAAGAAGUGUUUGCCAUCAAAAACAAA